UAUCCGCAUAUGCUUUUUAUCGACAAGCAGUAGACUUUUGAAACACUUGAAUUGUGACAAAACCACUUCGUAGGUUGACUUUUGUUUCUCGUAUUUUACUUCCGGGGUCAAAUUGCUGUUGCUAUCCGUUUCGACAAGAAGCUAGCAGCUGAAUUCACGCUAGCCUAAUGGCCGAGUUAGACAUCGGAAAGCGUUGUCAAAUCGAGUCAUGUCACCAACAAGAUUUCCUUCCAUUUGUUUGUGAUUCCUGCAAUGGAGUGUACUGCCUUGAACACAGAAGCAGAGAAGCUCACUCAUGUUCUCAGGAGCCUGUGAGAAGGGAAGCCAAACCUGCGGGCGGCAGCACAAGUCACCCGUGCUCCUUCGAGGACUGCAAGUGGAAAGAACCGCUACCCGUUAUCUGUCCGCAGUGCGGGAAACAUUUCUGUUUGGCCCACCGUCAUCAAGAUGAUCACAAGUGUGAGAAGCUGGAGGUCCAAAAGCCACGCAUGGCGGCCACCAAGGAGCUGGUGCAAAGGAUUGUGGAAUCCAAAGAUGGGUCCAAACGUAAAGGGCGGAAAGGGGCAAAGAGCAGCGCCACGGCAGCUAAGGUUGCUCUAAUGAAACUGAAGCUUCACGCCGCAGGAGAUAAAACUUUACCGCAGGCUGAAAGGACCUACUUUGAAGUGUAUCUGCCUAAAGGGGGUCAUGCCACCAGUCAGCCCAUGUUCUUCUGCUCAAAAUGGAGCGUGGGGAAGGUGGUGGACUACGCCGCAUCCCUCGCGUCCCUCAAGAACAACAACAAUGUGCUCGCAGCCAAGAAGUUACGCCUUUGCCAUCCCGAAACGGGGAAGGCGUUUCGGAUGGACGAGAGCCUGCACGCGCUCCUGACCGACCCGGAAGAGCCCCUGCACAACGGAGGUCACGUGAUCCUGGAGUACCUGGACAACGACAGCGCCGGCUUGGAGGACGUCUGCAACUAUAUCGCGCACGGAUGACCGAAUCAGAAUAAAAUGUAAGUUUCAGUCGGAAUGCGUGUCCGUGUC